UGCAUGAUUUCAAUGGCUUUUCCAUAUGUUCCGGUGGGCUCAGAACCUCCAGAACUCCUGGAUUUUGUGCGUCAACAUUUUGACGAACUCUUCAACUUCGACUUGGGGGAGGUCCAAGUCCCGCUGCCCCUGGUGGAGUGUUCUAUUUUUGAGAUAAAUGAUGUCCGUGCAUCGUUCGUUGUCCAGAUGCAUCGAGAUGAGAUGGUCUGGAAGACGGGGAAAAUAAUGCGCUGCGUGGCGUUCCUCACGGUGGACGUCAUCUUACCGGCACUUACGGUGUGCAAAUCCAUGGAGGGGACCGUCACCCUGGGCAGGGGGUCGGGCGAUGGCCCAUGCCAGCCGGUGCAGCUGCUGCAUUUGGGGGUUGGUGACACCCAGCUGCCACGCAUGCCCGAGACCCUGCCCUUCUCCAAAAGCCACAGACGCAUGAGGGCGUCACUAGUCCUGCAGGGCAGAGGGAGGGCGCGCAGGAUGGCAGCCAACUCUGCCCACUCGAUGGCGUCCUCGCUCUUAGAGAGCCUGGCCCCUGGCCGAGCAGUGUGGGAGAGGGACUCCUCUGGGUGUGAGGACCUGUUCCAGGCCAUCUCUAGUGCGAGGGGCGAGCCAGAGACCGUGAAGUCCCUCCAGUCUCUCAUUGCAACCUACGCUGGCCAGCUGCAUGAGGUGAGAAGGAAGUCUGAGGUGCCACAGGACAUCAGGGACAUCAUCGGGGAAGAUGACAAGACCACGCCCCUCGGCUUCCAGGAGUUCGUGCGGAUCUUUCUCACUCACUUUGUGAUGGAGGCGGGUCGCAUUCUCCUGGAAUGUAUGGUCAACUCCCCCAGGGCUGACCUACUGAUAUACCCUGCGCCGGCAGAGAUGUUUUAUUACCCCCAGAUGUCCUCACGCCUCAGGCAGUUGGAGUUGGAGAUAAUACUGGAGUACAUCUAUAACAGCGUGAAUGACUUCACUGCUCUGGCCGUCGAAAAGGUCGUCGAAAAGGCCAAUCAGAGAGUGUUCCAUGCCCUGCCAUUUUUCGGAGUGGACAUUGAGGACGCAUUCAGCGAGGCAGAGGUGGCCAAGGGCACGUCCGUCAACAGUGCCGUCCCUCUGAUGCUCAAGACCCCCCAGGCCCACACCUCUGGUGGCCAGAGACAGUCAGCAAGAAAUGGCAGGAGGCGCAGAAUCGCUAUCUCCUUCCGUCGCUUCUUCCGCCUGAAUAGAGGCCAGAGUGCUGUGGACCCCAACUCAGCAGCAGCAGAGGAAGAGGAGUGUGAUGUCACAGCAGCUAAGAGUGGCAGGAGGCGGCGAUCGUUGGGCUCCAGAGCGGCCUCUGCCCUGAGGAAGCUGUUUUGCUGCUGCAGGGCUCAGGAGUGACCCCUAGUGGCAGGGAGGGGGGAAGGUGGGAGAGGAGUGUGGUGGCCCAGCACAAGACAACAGAAGGGGGGGGGGGGGGGGUCACAUACAGGUAGAACAUAAGACUAGAGGGGACUCCGCCCCCUUUUUCAUGGCAAUCCUGGUAGCCAUGACUUGAAGGUAGACCUGAGCAAUGGCCAAUAGUUGAAGUGUGCAGCUAAAUAUCUACCGAACUAAAUGAACUUGGCACUUUCCCAUUGUUGUCACAAAUUGCGGGGUCACCUCUAGUCUAUAAUGUUCUACCUCUAUAAAGGGGGGCAUCAAUGGCACGAGGGAGAGAGGAAAAGGAGGCGCAUGAGGGACCUCUAGUGGCAGGCGAGUUGAACUGGUGUGCCAUGCAUCAGUUUUGUCCAGGGAGGAGAAACAAUGCAGUGGCAAGAGGGUGGAAGCUGCAGAGAAGACAGGAGGAAAGAGAAUGAUGGGCAGAUCAUUGCCUGCUCUCCUUAUGCUGACUUUUUUCAUCACCAGCCAAAAUGGUCAAAGUGGCCAGUAAGCUUUCUUUUUCUACCAUCCUGGGCACUGGGCAGUCAUCUUUGUGCAGAUGGGCCCGCCGGACUUAUGAGACUUCUGGUGCCUUCACCUGCUAUGGAACAGAUGACGCUUUCCACUUUAAAAGUGGAAAUGAGAGCUUGUACCUGUCUACUGUUUCGGGGUCUUGCCUGGGGUUCGAUAAUUUGGAGUAAGUAAAGACGAUGAACUAACUUUG